UCAGAUCAAAACCGGAGGGUCAAGAAAAGAAAAGAAAUUCGAAGUUGAGAGAAGUAGUCAACCUUAGUAUUUGUCGUCGCCAGCAAUGGCGGCACCUAAGUCCAGAGGUACCGCUCAACAAGGCUCGCGCGGGAUGAGUACAAGGGUUUGGCUCUAUUCGAUCCUUCUCACCCUGCAAUAUGGAGCUCAACCUUUGAUUUCCAAAUGGUUUAUCAGAAAUGAAGUCAUUGUAACUUCAUCAGUUUUGGCAUGUGAGGUUGUAAAGGUUAUAUGUGCAGUAAUUUUCAUGGCAAAAGAGGGUACUUUAAAGAGAGCAUGCAAAGAAUGGACUUUGAUUGGUGCAUUGACUGCAUCAGGACUUCCUGCAGCUAUCUAUGCUCUUCAAAAUAGCUUGUUGCAAAUUUCUUACAGGAAUCUUGAUUCACUCACAUUCACAAUGCUGAAUCAGACAAAGAUACUUUUCACUGCAUUAUUUACUUACUUAAUAUUAAGGCAUAAACAAUCAAUUCAACAACUUGGAGCUCUAUUCUUGCUGAUAGUUGCGGCUGUUCUUUUAAGCAUUGGCGAAAGCUCUAACAAAGGUUCUACUGGUGGUAAUCCUGAUCAGAUUUUAUUUUAUGGAAUUGUUCCAGUAUUAGCUGCUUCAGUGCUAUCUGGGUUGGCUUCUGCAUUGUGUCAAUGGGCCUCUCAGGUUAAAAGACACUCGUCAUACUUGAUGACUAUAGAGAUGUCUAUUGUUGGGAGUCUGUGCUUGUCUAUCAGUACUUUGAAAUCUCCAGAUGGCAAAGCCAUGAGGCAAAAGGGGUUCUUUUAUGGUUGGACUCCUUUAACUUUGAUCCCAGUAAUUUCCAAUGCUCUUGGUGGAAUUCUUGUAGGCUUAAUUACAACCUAUGCUGGUGGUGUUAGAAAGGGAUUUGUCAUUGUUUCUGCUCUUCUAGUUACCGCAUUAUUGCAGUUUAUUUUUGAAGGAAAGCCACCUUCCAUAUGUUGCCUUGCGGCUCUUCCACUUGUGGUUAGUAGCAUUUCAAUAUACCAGAAAUACCCCUACCAGCUUAAGAAGAAGGUGUCAUAAAGUCUAACUGCCAGAGGAUGUGGAAGGCAUGAAAUUGGUUCUUUUUUUAUGUUCAAAAUGUUUGCAUCUUGUAUAUGAUAGAAAGCAUGAAUUCUUCUCAAAAUAGACCUGGACUGCUAGUCAAUGGAAUUAGGUUGUUAUCCAGAUUUCUCUUCGAACUUUCCUGGAGGGGUAUAUAUUUUGGCCUCUUCAUUUUGUAACACACGAGGACAUGAUAAUGAAAUUCAUUCAGAAAAAAAGCAUUAUUUGAUACGACUCA